AUGCAGCUCCGCCCUACCUUAUGCUGUCCGCAUCCUGAGCGCCCGAAGUGGUGGUACUACGUUCAGCCCCUUUACUCCAUCUCUCUAGCUGUGUUCGCGGCGCGUGUAGCUAACCUCCAGCGCGGUAACCUGAACACCCGUCUCGCGAAGCUCGACGCCCCCGACUCUCCCUUCGCCGCUCUCAUUCUGGCCAUCUCCGGCCUCGACCGCCUCGGUGCCGGCGAGAGGAUAACCUGCCCCAUCGAGUUCCCGGACAUGAUGCACUCUGUGGGCCAGGGUGCUCUCGCCGUCGAGUCGCGUUCGGGCGACGCCGCGACGCGCGACGUGCUCCGUACGGUGGGCCACUGGCCGACCGAGUGGCGCGUGGGCGCCGAGCGCGGCCUCCUGCGUGUCCUCGAGGGCGGCUGUUCCGUCCCCGUCGGCGUCGAGACGCACCUCACCGAGCUGGAGGGUGCGGACGCCGAGUCCGCCCAGCUCCAGUACACCCCCGGCACUUUCCCUGCUCCCACUGCCAGCUCGCCUCUGCUGCACUUCUCGGGCAUUCUGCCCGCCGACGCCCCCUUCCCGCAGCCCGGGGAGGAGCCGAAGCUCCUCCAGCGCCGCGCCAAGCUCAACCUCAAGGCGAGCGUUACGUCCACGGACGGCUCGAGGCAGGUCGUGUACGAGCCUGGAGACGUCGUGGUCACCAACUACCAGGAGGCGGUGGCUUGGGGCGAGGAGUGCGCGAGGCAGAUGCGGGUCGUUGGAGCGGGCGAGAUUCUGGACGAGAUCGAGGCCGAGCGCCGCGCGCGUGAGGAGGAGAUGCUCGAGAAGUCCCGCGCCGAGCUCGCCGCCCGCGCCGCCAUUGACGACACCGAGGGGCAGGAGUGCACCCGCCCCGGAAAGGAGAAUGAGACCGUCCCGCCGCCCGAGUGCCCUCACGACGCAGGCCAGGGCCAGCGCCUCGCCGCCUAA